CCUGGAAACCGGUGGAAUCUGCGCGGAGUGAGGAGAGCGAGCCUCUGGACUUCCAACCGCUCAGCAUGUGAACCGACGCUCUGCGUGAAGUCAGGUCGAGAAACGAUGGGAAUAUAAGCCUUUUUACGCGUUUAUGCUUUCGUUUUUGCGCGCGAGCCACAACUCUUAGACGCCGAACGCGCCCGUGAGCCGCGUGGGUUUGCGUCGCUGCAGGAAAACUGGACUUUUGAGCGCUACUUUCACCUUAAUGGGAGCAGGAGUGGAAUGCUCGGAGUCACUUACAAAGACCAUCGAGAAGUCAUGACACGACGGACGCUUUACUUGGACUUAUCUUCAUAAAACACGAGGGAAAGUUGAAAGGGGACGUUUCAACUCGUAGCCGCCGGAGCGCACGAUCGGUAUCGGGGCUGUUUGUGUAGAUUUUCCUCGCUUUUCCUCCGUUUUCAAGUCGCCCUACUUGGAUCAAAGUUUUUUCUUCCCUCCCCCUCCUCCUCAACUAUGGCGGCGGCCAGGUCCACCACUGGCUCCGUGUCGCUGCGGAUCAUGUGGCUGCUGUGCGGGUUGUCUUUUGCGCCAGCUUGUGCUCAGCACUACAGCAGCGACAGCGGGAUAUCCGUCCCGGAACACGGCUUCUGCCAGCCCAUCUCCAUCCCGCUGUGCACCGACAUCGCCUACAACCAGACCAUCAUGCCGAACCUCCUGGGCCACACGAACCAGGAGGACGCCGGACUCGAGGUGCACCAGUUCUACCCGCUGGUCAAGGUCCAGUGCUCCGCGGAUCUGAAGUUCUUCCUCUGCUCCAUGUACGCGCCGGUCUGCACGGUGCUGGAGCAGGCCAUCCCCCCGUGUCGGUCGCUGUGUGAGCGCGCGCGGCAGGGGUGUGAAGCCCUGAUGAACAAAUUCGGCUUCCAGUGGCCCGAGCGGCUGCGCUGCGAGGCGUUCCCGGUCCACGGUGCCGGCGAGAUCUGCGUGGGCCAGAACACCUCCGAACCCGGCGGCCCGGCCGCCUCGUCUUCCCCGUACGUCCCGGACCACGUGACCCUUCCCCCAAAUAUGGGCCGCCCGAACCAGCGCCCACUCCAGCCCAACCAGUACCACCAGUUUUCCUGCCCGCUGCAGCUGGAGGUGCCUUCGUACCUGGGCUACCGCUUCAUGGGGGUCAAAGACUGCGGGGCUCCGUGCGAGCCCACCAAACCCACCGGAAUCAUGUAUUUUCGGGAGGACGAAGUGAAGUUCGGUAGACUGUGGGUCGGGAUCUGGUCCAUCCUGUGCUGUGUGAGCACUCUAUUCACGGUGCUCACCUAUCUGGUGGACAUGCGGCGCUUCAGAUACCCCGAGCGGCCCAUCAUCUUCUUAUCCGGCUGUUAUUUCAUGGUGGCGGUGGCCUACGCGGCUGGCUUUUUCCUGGAGGACAAAGUCGUGUGCGUGGAUAAAUUCAAGGACGAGGGCUACAGGACCGUGGCCCAGGGGACCAAGAAGGAGGGCUGCACCAUCCUCUUCAUGGUGCUGUACUUUUUUGGCAUGGCCAGCUCUAUCUGGUGGGUGAUUUUGUCCCUGACCUGGUUCCUCUCCGCCGGGAUGAAAUGGGGCCACGAGGCGAUCGAAGCCAACUCCCAGUACUUCCACCUGGCCGCGUGGGCGGUCCCGGCCAUCAAGACCAUCACCAUCCUCGCCAUGGGCCAGGUGGACGGCGACGUGCUCACCGGCGUGUGCUUCGUGGGCAUCUUCAACGUCGACGCGCUGCGCGGCUUCGUGCUGGCGCCGCUCUUCGUCUACCUGUUCAUCGGCACGUCCUUCCUGCUCGCCGGCUUCGUGUCGCUCUUCCGAAUCCGCACCAUCAUGAAGCACGACGGCACCAAGACGGAGAAGCUGGAGAAGCUGAUGGUGCGCAUCGGCGUGUUCAGCGUGCUCUACACGGUGCCGGCCACCAUCGUCAUCGCGUGCUACUUCUACGAGCAGGCGUUCAGGGAGCACUGGGAGCGAACCUGGCACAUGCAGACGUGCAAGCGCUUCGCCGUCCCGUGUCCGGUCCACAACUUCGCCCCCACGACGCCGGACUUCACCGUGUUCAUGAUCAAAUACCUGAUGACCAUGAUAGUGGGGAUCACCUCGGGCUUCUGGGUCUGGUCCGGGAAGACUCUGCAGUCAUGGCGGAGGUUCUACAAGCGCCUUAGCAACGGUAACCAUGGAGAGACAACCGUGUAAAAGUUCGUGGAUGAAGAGGCGCGAGGCCAGAGGGAGUAUUGGAUGUAUCAGCAACGCAAAGGAGGUCAAAUAGCUUUAAUUUUACUCUUCUAUUUUGGACAUAUUUUUAAUAGGAGUUUUGUGUUUUCAGGGUUUUGAACACAACCAAACUUUGAUCUGCAUUGAAUAGAAAUUUGAUGCAUUUUAAGUAUAAUUAUUUUACUCGUUCUUUCCUUUUUAUGUUGCUUCUUUUGUCCGGCAGACAGCCCAUACUCCUGGCAUUCACAUCUUUGGAUCAUGAACUGGUGUAAAUGUUGGCCAUUUGGCCCUUGAACUGUAAUGCCAGAAUGGUGAAGUGACCUUUGCUACAAAACUUUCUUUGUAUUAUUAAUUAUAUUCUUAAUAUUACAGCGAAUGUACUUCUUGUCCACUCUGAUGAGUGUCUUGAGUGGAAAACAUAGCAACACGAAAGACUGGUGGGUCAAGCAGUAAGUCAUUCUGUCCAAAAAGGUCAAAGGUUUGACCUGCGGCAGCCACACCAUAUUACUGUGAUUUCAAUAAUUAAGGGUAUUUGGACUGUUGUCUUCAAUUUAAAGUUGCUCUGCUUUUAGUGAAAAGACUGCAAUACUUCAAUGCUGUGUUCAAUAUUGCAGAGUACAAUCUCUUUUCAUCUGAGAGAUAGGAUUAACUCUGCGACUUCACCGUUGUGUGCCAAGUGGCUGCCCAGACAUUACUUUAUACUUUAUAUUUACCAUUUUUCUUACUUGUUGAAUAUUUGCUUCUGCAAUGAAUGUUCACUCCGAAGCUGAAUGAAGUUAUGUAUUGGUUUGCACAACUAUCCUAGAGGUACAAAGUGAUAAAAAUGACUGACCCACCACAGGGUAAUAACAGUUAGGGGGGCUACACACACACACACACACACACACACACACACACACACACACACACACACACACACACACACACACACACACACACACACACACACACACAGGGCCUCCACUCUGUAAUGGAGACACAACAGCUCAUUGUUUGUCUCUGUGUGUGGUCUCUCAACUGUUGGAUCCCCCAUUUGAACUCACAUUUUAAGCCUAUAAGAUAUCCAAAGCACCAUUUCAAGGAUUCGGAUUUAAUCCUUAGGAGUGGAAAUGGUUGCUCUGUAGAUGACUGUACACACAACUGUUUUUGUCCAGACAGCCUUAUAAUUUUACUUUUAAGUGUUAAAUGUUUUUCACAAACAGACUGAACAUUUUCGAGUAUUUAAUGAAUGAUUAAUUUAGAGUGUACUAUACAAAACCACACAACACCGAGACAGUUUAUUUCCUCUGGUUCUAGAAACAGGUUAUGCGUUAUUUUUAUUUUAUUAUGGAAACACUAAGAAAGUGGUCAAAGGUCAGAGCCAUGUGGGAAUGUUUUUAAACUGGAGAGACAAGCAGAGACAGACCAUGCAGUGUUUAGUCGAGACACAUAACCUGUUAUUACAACAAAGAUGCUCGAUAAACUUACUGUAAACCGUUUGUCAUAGCAGGGAAACUUAACUAACAAACGGUUUUAGUUUCAAUGACAACCAAGUGUUUGCAUUCACACAACAGCCACCUGAACUAACUUGCAUUUUAUUUGCCCUCCUAAAGUCAAAGGGUAGAAACCUAUGCUUUUAUUUAGACAUAGUCUACAGCAAAGUAAUGAUUGUCAGAAGCUUUUGUUUCCUUGUUUACAUCUCAGAAAUACACAUAGAGCUGGAGCAUAGUAUUCUGUUAAAGCUGUUGUAAUGGAAGAAUGUCACUUCUCAUGUUAAAUUGUCUGCAUACCUCCAGUUGGAAUUAAACUUAGCUUGUAGACAUAAUUUAGAAAAGAGGUCAACUCUGCCACACGAGCAUCUGUUCUCAUCUCACCAUGCUUUUACCUAACAAGGUAGAAAUAUUCAGUGUAAUUGUCUUCACAUAGCCAUGAGCUGCUGUGUGAAUGAUGCUCACGUUUUAGAAGGAACAAGUGUUUCACUGCGUCUGUGUUUACCAAAACAUAUGCAACCUACCAAGUAGUCACCGUUUUUUAAAGACAUGUUGUAUUUAUGCCGAUACUCAUUUUUUAAACUUGUUUUUUUUAAUGAUAUAAGCUUGUUUUAUGUGUACAGUUUGAAUAAAAGUGAUAAGGUUUGUAA